AUGAAAGUGCAGGUAUCCAAGAAGGACGUCAAGAAAGCGCACAAAAAGUUGCCCGCGAAGGGCAGCAAGAAGAGGAAAAUAUCCAGGAAAGAAAGUUACUCCAUCUACAUCUACAAAGUGAUGAAGCAGGUUCACCCCAACACCGGCAAGUCCAUGAGAAUCAAGAACUCAUUCGUGAAUUAUAUUUUCGAGUGCAUCACGGGGAAUAAAAUAGAUCAACUGAAGGACAAGAUUUCCAAAGCAAAUGCCUGCACUCAAUUUCCUGGUGAAGCGUUGAUUCGAGGUCAUUUCUCUAGUUUGGCAAGAAAUUUAAUGACCUAUCAUGUGUGGUCAAGGUGUGCACCUGGUGACCAGAACUUUGAGGGGAACUUGAGGUAA